AUGACAUUGAUAUUGAAUUUGGACAGUGAUAUGAUACAUAAUAUAUGCAGGAAUCAAAGACAGGAAAACUGGCACCUCUUUUCCUUCUUGACUGCCAUCCGUGAGAUCAACCAGAACCCCCUCAUCUUACCCAACAUCACUCUGGGUUACAACGUCCAUGAUAGUAAUUUCAAUGCAGAAAUGAAUGCUGAAGCCUUACUAGAUCUACUUUCUGCUGGGGAGGCAAAUGUUCCUAACUACAAAUGUGGAAGAGAAAAAAACCUGCUAGCCCUCCUUGAAGGCACCAAUUCUGACCUUUCCUCCCAUACUGCAACCAUGCUGAGCAUCUACAAAAUCCCACAGAGGAUCACAAUGAUCCAAACUAAGCCAUUUAACAUUAACCCUGAUUUGUACCACAAAUGGAGACAAGUCAAUGUAUUUAUUUACUAUGCAGAAUCUACUUUGCAGAUGUUAGCAAUCUUCACUAAAUACACAGAUACUCCCAUCAUCAAAGCCAAUAAUCGGAAUCUCUCCUUCAUCCUUCUCAUCUCACUCCUGCUUUCUUUCUUAACAACCUUCCUUUUCAUUGGAUAUCCAAGGAGAAUCAAUUGCCUUUUCCGACAAACAGUCUUUAGCAUCAUAUUUUCAGUUGCUGUCUCUUCUGUCUUGGCCAAAACAAUCAUGGUAGUGCUGGCUUUUCUGGCCACAAAGCCAGGAAACACAGUGAGAAAAUGGCUGGGAAGGAGAUUGACUUAUUCCAUCAUCCUUUGUUCUUCCAGUAUUCAGGUGGUCAUCUGCAGCAUCUGGCUGGUGGUCUUUCCUCCAUUUCCUGAUUAUGAUAUGCACUCCCAAUCAGGAGAAAUUGUGCUUCAGUGCAAUGAAGGGUCUCUUACCAUGUUUUAUGUUGCUCUUGGUUACAUGGGCCUCCUAGCCAGUAUCUGCUUCAUAGUGGCUUUCCUGGCCAGGAAUCUCCCUGGGGCCUUUAAUGAAACCAAACUGAUUACAUUCAGUAUGCUGGUCUUCUGUAGUGUCUGGGUGUCUUUUGUACCCACCUACCUGAGCACCAAAGGGAAAUAUAUGGUGGCUGUGCAGGUCUUCUCCAUCUUGGCUUCCAGUGCUGGCCUGCUGGGUUGCAUCUUCAUACCCAAGUGCUACAUUAUUUUAAUAAGACCAGAUCUGAAUAUAAAAAAGCAGCUAAUAGUGAAAACAUAA